UCGUAAACUUAUAUACGAAGCUACAAUAUAAUAUACCGUCUAUACAUAUCCACUCUUGACAUCUUUCAUUUCAUUCCAAAUCGCGACUUCACAAAGAGAAUCUCUGUACAAGUUGUUUUGUUAACUAAGAGAAAUGGGGGGCGGAAAGGAUAAGCAUGACGAGUCUGAUAAGGGGCUGUUUUCUCAUCUCGCUCAUCAUGGUGGUCAUUAUCCUCCAGCACCUGGUGCAUACCCUCCUCAACAAGGGUAUCCACCUGCAGGAUAUCCUCCUCAGGCAUAUCCACCUUCUGGAUAUCCACCUUCUGGAUAUCCACAAGGAGGGUAUCCCCCUCAAGCCUAUCCCCCUCAAGCCUAUCCCCCUUCAGGUUACCCUGUCCCUGGCCCAUCUGCACCACACAAGUCAGGGCAUCAUGGACCUGGUAUGGGGACAGUGCUAGCUGGAGGUGCCGUGGCUGCAGCAGCUGCUUAUGGUGCUCAUCACUUGAGCCACGGUAGUGGUUCUCAUGUACCACAUGGCGUUGGACAUGGUGUUGGUCACUACGGCCAUGGAAAGAUGAAGCACGGGAAGUUCAAGCAAGGAAAAUAUGGCAAGCAUGGCAAGCACGGAAAGUUCAAACGCGGCAAGCAUGGAGGGAUGUUCGGCGGUGGGAAGUUCAAGAAGUGGAAGUGAUCCAUUCUUGACCUCUAUGCAAAACAUAUGCCAAGACCUUUAAGACUGCUAAUGCUUUUAAUUUAGUUCCUAUGAAUAAAUUAUACUAUGGUACAUAUUUAAUGCUCUAUAGGUAACAGAAAACUCAGCUUUUGUGGCUGUGAUGGAAUCCAUAGCUUUCAUGGUUAAUGUGACAUCAUUGUUAGUGUUUUACACUUUCUUCUC